AUGGAGAACCCUAAUGGAAACGGACAUGCUGCUAAUGGUAACGGGCACGUGAAUGGUCACGCGCCACCUCUUAGGCCUAUAUUUUACCAAGUUCAGGGUGGUGGAGCUCGUGGUCAGUACUCGCCCGACACCAGGGUUCCUAGGUGUGACUGUAGGUUGACCUUUUCUUACCCCAACACCUUGGUUCUGGCUAUAGACGAUGAGCGUCGCCAGUUGGUGAAUUCCAAUCUGGCCCUGAUUCAGGACGUGGAUGAGUUAGGUGCCAUGGUGACUCAUCUGCAGAAUAGGGUAACAGAGCUGACUGGAAGGGUGUUAGAGGAGAGAGCUAGGGCUGAGGCAGACCGUGAGGAGCUGCAGAGAGCAAGGGAUAGCGUGGCUAGGAUGAGAGACAUGGUUCGUGAGCGAGCUUUUGGGAUACUAGCGGAUGCUACCAUGCUGGUGGAUGAGGUGAUGGACGAGGCCUCAGAGGUAGCUCCUAGUAUGGAUCCCCGUGGUAGAGGUCAACGCCGAAGUCGAGGUCGAGGUCGAGGGAGACGGGCUGAACCCCUUCGUGAUCAAGGGGGCGAUAGAGCGUCGGAAGUGAACCAAAAUCGGGGACCCGAGGGCGGGGGCGGAGAUCAAAUGGCCACCGCUAUUAAUAGGAUAACCGAAGUGCUAGAACGUUUGACAGACCGUCAAGGUCCUGGACCAGUGCAUCAACAACCUGGUGGGCAGUUAGAUGCUGAAGAUAGGGCUUUGGAGAGGUUCCUAAAGUUUGGGCCGCCUAAGUUUCAAGGUGGGCCAGAGCCUGAAAUAGCUGAGGGAUGGUGGGAGAGAAUAUCUGAUAUUUUUGCCACAUUGGAUUACACUGAGACGCGGAAAGUGACUUUUGCGUCAUUUCAAUUUGAAGGAGCUGCACGGUCUUGGUGGAAUCUAAUUAAGGAUAAGUGGGAUAGAGACCGUACCCCUAGUACUUGGGCAAACUUCACCCGUGAGUUUAAUGCCAAAUUUCUUCCACCUCUAGUCCAAGAGAAAAGGGAGGAUGACUUUAUUAAGUGCAAACAAGGGGCCAUGAGUGUAGCAGAGUAUGAAACCAACUUUACUAAAUUAGCCCGAUAUGCCCCUGACCUGAUAGCCACUGAGCAGAGACGCAUUAGAAGAUUUGUGCAAGAGCUCAAUGUGGAGAUUCAAGAGGGACUAGCCACUGCUCAAAUUAACACGUAUAGUGAUGCCGUAGAGAAAGCUCAGAGGUUUGAGACGGCUAGAGCCCAAUCUAGGUCAUUCUUUGCUAGGAAAAGGAAUGCCCCUAGUGGUAGCAGGGACCCAAUUUCUACAAGUGCCCCACCGCCUAAGAUGGGUAGAGGAACUGGGGUAGUGAAUAACCCUAGUGCAUCGAGAGGUGCUUUAGCAAGGGGUGCUGGAGCUAGAGGCCCUGGGGCGAGAGGAUCUGGAGUGAGAGGAGGUCAAAGUGGAAGGGGGCCCCCUAGGAGUGCUCCACAAGGUGUACAAGUGUCAACCCCUCAGAUAACCUGUGGUUACUGUGGAAAAGCCAAUCAUACUGCAAAUGAGUGCUGGAGAAAGGAUGGCAAGUGCCUCAAGUGUGGAAGUGCUGAGCACCAAAUUGCCAAUUGUCCUAGGAUUUCCGAGAAUGGGGGAAGCCAAGGAGGUGCCACAAGUUCUAGACAAACUGCUUCUGGAGGGAGUCGGCCAAAGGUCCCGGCCAGGGUUUAUGCCCUAGAUAGUCAACCUACACCUGACCCUUCGGAGGUAGUCGAAGGUACACUUCCAAUCUUUCAUCGAUUAGCUAAGGUUUUAAUUGAUCCCGGUGCGACUCAUUCGUUUGUUAAUCCUGCUUUUAUGUGUGGAAUUGAUGUAAAACCUGUACGAUUACCCUAUGAUUUGGAAGUUAGGACUCCUACGGGUAAUAAGAGCAUGCUCACUAGUUUAGUGUAUAAGGAGUGUGAAUUUUGGGUUGGGGAGCGAAAAAUGCUAGUUGACUUGGUGAGUUUGGACCUUAAAGGGUAUGAUGUGAUUAUAGGAAUGGACUUUUUGUCUUCCCACCAUGCUAAGCUAGAUUGUAGAUCUAAAGUGGUGGAAUUUUGCAUCCCAGGUGAGGCAACUCUCAAGUUAGAUAUAAGGGGUAGAUUAGCUUCGUCUGCUUUGAUUUCAGGGAUUCGAGCUAGGAAAAUGCUUCACAAGGGAGCUCAGGGUUUCUUAGCUUUCUUAAUUAACGCCCCUAAUGACCAAGUGAAAUUAGAAGAUGUGCCAAUCGUGCGAGAUUUUCCCGAUGUCUUCCCGGAAGAAUUAACAUCUUUGCCACCUGAAAGGGAGAUAGAGUUUAAGAUUGACUUGGUUCCAGGAGUAGCCCCAAUUUCGAAGACUCCUUAUAGAAUGGCUCCUGCGGAGUUGAAAGAACUAAAGCUCCAGUUGCAGGACCUACUAGAAAGAGGUUUUAUUAAGGAAAGUGACUCACCGUGGGGAGCUCCAGUUUUGUUUAGAAUCUUUAAGAAAUAUCUGGACCAAAUUGUGGUGGUAUUCAUAGAUGAUAUUCUAGUAUAUUCUAAGACCCGAGACGAUCACGCCAAGCACUUGGAGAUAGUUUUACAAGUGUUGAGGGAACACAAGCUUUACGCUAAGUUCAGUAAGUGUGAAUUUUGGCUGGACGAAAUUUCUUUUCUGGGUCAUAGAAUUUCUAAGAAUGGAAUUGCAGUGGAUCCAACUAAAGUGGAGGCAGUUACUUUGUGGAAACAACCAGAGAAUCCAACUGAAAUUAGAAGUUUCUUGGGAUUGGCAGGAUAUUACCGUCGUUUUAUAAAAGAUUUCUCAAAAAUUGCUGGGCCAAUGACGGAGUUAACUAAGAAAAACCAUAAGUUCAUUUGGAGCCCUAAAUGUGAAGCGAGCUUUCAAGAAUUGAAGAGGCGAUUGACUACGGCUCCAGUGUUAGCCCUACCUGAGGGAGUUGAUGGGUAUGUAGUAUAUUCCGAUGCUUCUAAAGAAGGGUUAGGCUGUGUUUUAAUGCAAAAGGGAAAAGUUGUGGCCUAUGCUUCUAGGAAAUUGAAACCCCAUGAGAUGAAUUAUCCGACCCAUGAUCUAGAGUUAGCCGCUGUUAUUUUUGCUUUGAAGAAGUGGAGACAUUACUUGUAUGGGGUGACAUUUGAGGUAUUCACCGACCAUAAGAGCCUUAAGUACUUGUUUUCACAAAAGGAGUUGAACUUGCGACAGAGGCGUUGGGUAGAAUUUCUUGAGGAUUAUGAUUGUUCAAUCAAUUAUCACCCUGGGAAAGCAAAUGUGGUUGCAGAUGCACUAAGUAGAAGGACUCAAGUAGCGGGUCUAAUGGUGAGAGAAUGGGAUAUGUUAGAAGAAGCGAGUGGUUGGAAUCCUCGUUUAGAAAAGUUGAAAAUCUUAUUUGGAAAUCUAUCCUUAAAAUCCCCUUUGUUAGAAAGAAUUAAGGAGGCUCAAGGGAAGGAUCCGGUAGUACAAGGUUAUUUGGAGAAAGUGAGAAAGGGGGAAACCCUAGAUUUUAAGCUAGGACCUGAAGGCAUUUUGAGAUUUAGGGAUCGAAUAGUAGUACCUAGUGAAGAAAGUUUGAAAAGAGAAAUUCUAGAAGAGUCACAUCGGUCCAAGUAUACUAUUCACCCUGGAGUUAACAAGAUGUAUCAAGAUGUGAAAGGGCUUUAUUGGUGGGAUGGCUUAAAAAGGGAUGUGGCGAAAUUUGUACAGACUUGCCUAGUAUGUCAGCAGGUUAAGGCAGAACAUCAAAAGCCUUCUGGUUUGUUACAACCUUUAGAAAUCCCUGAGUGGAAAUGGGAGCAUAUUACCAUGGAUUUUGUGACGGGAUUACCUAGAAGUCAAAGGGGACAUGAUGCGGUUUGGGUGAUAGUGGAUAGGCUUACUAAAUCUGCACAUUUCUUACCGGUGAAUAUGAGUUACUCUUUAGAGAAAUUAGCCAAGUUGUACACAGAAGAAAUUAUGAGAUUGCAUGGGAUUCCUGUAAGUAUAGUCUCCGAUCGAGACCCUAGAUUCGUUUCCCGCUUUUGGCAGAAAUUUCAGGAAACGUUGGGAACUAAGUUGAAGUUGAGCACUGCGUAUCAUCCACAAACAGAUGGACAGUCGGAGAGGACCAUACAAACCCUAGAGGACAUGUUAAGAUCCUGUAUAUUAGAUUUCGGAGGGAGUUGGAGCCAGUACAUGACGUUGGCAGAGUUUGCUUAUAAUAACAGUUAUCAGGCUUCAAUCCAAAUGGCACCGUAUGAGGCGCUUUAUGGUAGAAGGUGUCGAUCCCCUAUUCAUUGGGAUGAAGUAGGAGAGAAGAAAGUUUUAGAUCCGACAGCUAUCCCAUGGAUCGAAGAAGCUUAUGAGAAAGUUAAACUGGUUAAGGAGAGACUUCAAACUGCUCAAAGUCGGCAAAAGAGUUACGCAGAUCACCGAAGAAAAGACUUAGAAUUUGAAGUAGGAGAUAAAGUCUUUCUAAGAGUAAAACCUAUGAAAGGAGGGGUAAUAUCCAAAAAGGGAAAGAAAUUAAAGCCGAGGUACAUUGGACCCUUUGAAGUUCUUAAACGAGUUGGAAAAGUGGCUUAUCAGCUGGAUUUACCUUCUAGCAUGAGCAGGAUUCAUAAUGUCUUCCACGUAUCUAUGCUCAAGAAAUAUCAUCCCGACCCAAGUCAUGUGAUUCUAUUAGAUGACGUUGAAGUAGACGAGUCUUUGACUUAUGAGAAGCGACCAGUUAAGAUUUUGGACCGAGAAAUUAAAGAAUUGAGAAAUAAGAAGAUUGCUUUAAUCAAAAUCUUGUGGAGAAAUCACGACGUCGAGGAGGCAACUUGGGAGGUAGAGAAGGACAUGAAGGAUCAAUACCCAGAGUUAUUUGCUUGA